AGAAGAUAAUACGUGGUAUGCAGCAUGCUGAUCAUGGUAUCCCAACUCGUCCACAGAAGGUCUUUCUUACCUCAGUUCCAUGUGCCUUCACGGGUAUCGAUUUAAUAGAAUGGAUCACUAAAUUAUUAGAUGUUCACAGUACGACGGAAGCGACCCAUCUUGCCACUCUGCUAUCUCAGUAUGGUUAUAUUUAUCCCGUUGAACCUACAAAGACAGUGUCAAUCAAAGAAGACAAUACACUCUAUCGAUUCCAAAGUCCCUACUUCUGGACAUCACAGGAUCGAUCGCACGACAAUACUGAUUAUGCUCUUUACCUGGCUAAACGAACAAUGAGGAACAAGCAGAACUUUGGAUUAGAGGAAUAUGAAAAUACGGCGUAUAGUAAUCUACAGAGGAUGCUAGGUCAUAAAUGGGAAUUCAUUCUAUUACAGGCACAAGAACAGCUAAGAUUGGCCAAGCACAGAAAGAAAGCAGAUAGGAUCGUGCUGGACUCCCAAGAACGAGCCUUCUGGCGUGUACACUAUCCUCCGCCUGGACAAACAAAUUGUUUGGAAACAGACAUUAGGAGAAAAUGUAAGAGCUCUCAACCCAUUAGAACAAGGAAACCGUCCCCUGAAGAAUUCAAGAAACAAGUGGCCUUUCUUCAAAGUAGACUCUCCAAGAUGACUAUCAAAACAUCCAAAGCAAUAGACUGUUUAAUACGACAUUGUGAGAGGUUUGCAGAGCAUGAUCCGUUCAUCUCAGGUGCCCAGCCAAGCAACCCAUGGAUCAGUGAUGACACAACCAUGUGGACACUUAACACCAUGCUGGUGGACACACCAACAGAGAGAAGAGUUAGAAGAUGGGCCAUCAGCUUCAGGGAGCUGGUAUCAGAUGCAACGGGCAAGCACGAGUUUGAGAAGUUCCUACAGAAGGAAUACAGCCAGGAGAACAUCCGCUUCUGGUCGGCAUGUGAGACCCUCAAGUAUGCCCCGCAAUCGAUGGUUCCUGAGAUGGUCCACGAGAUAUACAGAACUUUCCUAGCACCAGGAGCACCUUGUGAAAUCAAUGUUGAUGGAAGGACCAUGGAACUGACUCAGCAGUCACUACGGAAACCAAACAGGUUUGCAUUUGAAGCAGCCCAGCAGCACAUAUUCCUCCUGAUGAAGAAAGAUUCCUACCAGAGAUUCCUCAAGUCAGAUACCUACAAGGGUCUACUGGCAAGAGCUAUGCAGAACGGAACAAAACGAAAAUUCUUCACCUUCGGAGGACGCUUCUUAAGAUCAGCAAAGGUCACGCCGGAUGUUAGUCCGUUGGGUUAUCAACGAAGAGGGAGUCUUGGUACAGAGAACUCUGACACGCUGAGUGAUAGACCCAUGACACAUUCACUCAGUGCAAGUAAUCUGCAAGACUUUGAACUCGCCAACAUGUUCAAUGGAACAGAAAAUGGGCACAAAACAGAAGGGGUUUACACAACAAACAUCAAAUCAUCAAGGUUUGCGUCACUUCAACCAAUGAACUCGACCAAGUUAAAGCGGCACGGAUCACUGGGCGGGGUAGAGCAUGCUGGGAAGGUUCUCAAUGGUAAUAAGACCAAGAGGAUGUCCGAAACGCAACUCGACCUGACGUUCCUCAGCUAUGGGGCGAAAACGACGACCAAAAAGAAUCUCAUUACCCCAUGGGAGGAAGACACAAGCUGACCUGAACUAUAAACUUUGACCUUCAAUCAAACAGUGUGUGUUAUACUGUUACUAUUGUUGUUACCAUGGAAACAAGGAUACAACAUUCAUUGUCUAGUAGAUUGCAGACUUAUAGAUGUUAUGGAGUGCAGCAACUUUCAUUUUUACCACCGCAACAUAAGAAAGCAUCGUGACGUGGAAUGCUGUUAAUUGGACUUUAGCUGUUUAUAGGAGUUUUUUAUUUAUUACAAGAGUUCCAGGAGCUGCUGCGAAAUAUUAAAUGUAUUUAAUCAAACAUAACUAAAAGAAUUAAAUGCAACUUGAUUUAAAAGCAAUCAGAACCAUGGAUUUGGAGACAUGUACUCGUAUUUUUUUUUUUUGCUUAAAGGGGAUCCAUUCUUGGUGAUUUGGCUGAAAGGAAAAAAUAAGAAAAUUCAGAAUGGUGAAAGUUUGGAAGAAAUGGGUCUAGGAUGAAGUAAGUAAUGGCUGUUUCAAAAAUGAGAUCACUGACACUAUGUAAAGCUCAAAUUGGCAACUUAUAGAGGACAGCUCUCCGAAACAUAUAUGUUUUGAAUAUCAGGCAUUUGUGGGACUUUUAUGUACCUUUCCAUCAGGACAGAAAGAUCAGUAUAAAAUUGAGAGCAUAUUUUUAUGCCUUCGUAAAAGCCAAAAAAAGAAGUUGUUUUGAGAUUCUUUAAUUCUCCUUUUUAGAGGUGACAUUUUAGCUAGUUUGUGCAUUGGAGCAAAUAACGGAAUUGUACCUACCCCCAAUGAAAUCCCCUUUGUUGCCAAUUUGAAAACACCAUUGUGAUAACAUUUGUGCAAUAAAAAAAAAAACAAUUUAUUUUUGGCCUGGAAUUCUUUAAUCUUUCACCUCCAUGUACAUGUAUCUGUUUCUCUGAUUUAUCUUGAAAUAAGUUUUAAUAUAAGUUGGAUUCGCCGUAAAUCUACUCUUUUAAAAAGAACCUGGUUAAGGUAAUCAAAUUGUUUACAUUUUCUUGUAUUCCUCAUGGAUAACUAUUAUUCUAAUAUCGGGAAAAACACUUUUUGUUUUUCAAACAACAAUGAAUUCAGAGUUUUAUGGUGUAUUCCCUUUUCAGGCCAGUCACUUCUAUAACUGAACUGUUUAAUUAGAUAAAGGAAUACUGGUAUGACUAAUUUACCAGUAAUGAUUGUGGGUGAUGUUUAAAAUGUAGACAAAGAAUCAAUUAGAAAGAUGUCUAUUUCAAAAAAUUGUUCUUUACAUGUUCCAUACACCGUGCAUGCAAAUUCUUUGAUUAGUAACAGCUCAGUGCUAAAGAUAAGUGAUCUCUCAUCGCUUCCUGGUAAUUUCAAAGGCCCGAAUUCACAAAGGUGUUUUUAAAAACCAUCAGUUGAACCCAUGGUUUAUGCAGAUUUUCUGUAUAAAUGACGCAUAUUUACCUUGUAUGUUAAAACAAUGUCCAGUGCUGAUGCGCGCUUUUUCCAGUGUGCCAAAUUUAUGCAUGUUGCCAUGGUUGAAUAAUUAUGCUAUUUGAUUCAUGAGUCCACUGUUUGAAUAGUCUCAUUAAUUCAAAACAGUGGACUCAUGAAUGAAAUAAGGUGGAUAACCACGGCAACAGGCAUCAAUUUGGUGCACUGACAAAAGCGAGCAUCAGCAUUGGACAUCUUUUAAUAUAAGCCGUAAAUAAGCGUAAUUUAUACAGAAAAUUUGCAUAAAGCAUGGGUUCAACCGAUGGUUUUGAAAACCACCUGUCAUUCGGGCCAAAGGGUUUUCUAUAUCAGUUAUACCUUUAAGACAAGAGAAAUGAUCUGUAAGCGCUUAGAAAGUAAGGCACCUUGUGAGAAGUAAGAGCACCGUAUUUCCCGCAGGAAUCCUGAAGGCAGCUUUUAUUACAAAUUGUCACAGCCACCAUAGAUACCUAGCAUCCUAAAGGUGGAAUUCCUGGUGAAAGACGUGACCCAAACUUUUGACAAGUUGCCUAUGUCUUCAGCACCUGAUGAAUAUAAAUUUUGUUAUUAUUAUCAUUGCUUGAUGGAUAGAACAGGGAAAUGUAAUAAGAAUAGACCAUUAGAAUUUCUUCAUUUUUCUUGUCCAGAAUAUCUCAGGUCUUUCAAUGUUCUUAUCUGUAUGGGAAUUUCCUGUUGUAGGGAAUCUGUUAGUGUUUACUCCCUCCUUGUUUUCAACUAUACCACCGAGUCAUAUCUCUGUUCUUGUAAAUCAUGGAGUAAAACCUGCAUGGGCAGUGUUUUGUAGAGCUGUCCAUAAGGCAAAUGGUUAAAAUCCUGUGACUAGUCUUACAAUAUAGGAAAUCCAGCUAUACAGCACUAUGCAUCUUUCACAGCAGCCUUUCCAUGUUCCCCAUUACUUUCUCUUUGAUGAAAUGUAAGGAUUCGUAAUGAAAAAGGCACUUGCGGAAUUCUUGCAGCUCCAACUUUCGACAAGGUGCCUAUGUUAAGCCCGACUGGUUAACUGAUCGCGAGUGCAAAGUCAGAUAUACUGUAUGUAUUGUAUCAGUUUUCUGCAUACAUCAUGAAUAGAAUUGGGGAAUGAGUAGAAGGGUUAUGAAUAAAGAGUUGCAAUAGCACAAACUCAAAAA